AUGGCUUCAAUGGACACCGAUCAGCUCCCUAUUGUGCUGCCUGCGAGCACUACGUCUGGCCUAUCUUUAGCGGUGCACCCGCUGCCCAUCUUGAAUAUCUCAGAACAUCUCACGCGUCUGAGACUUACUACGGGCAAAAGGGCGCCGUUCGUGAUUGGCGCGUUACUAGGAACGCAGAAUGGUCGCGAGGUUGAGAUCGUGAACAGCUUCGACUUGAUCCUGGCAUCAGCAGAGGGAGAAGACAAGGUGGAUCUGGAAGUCCUUGACUCACGUAGAGAUCAGUAUAAGAAGGUGUUUCCUUCUCUGGAGUUCAUCGGGUGGUAUACUGUGGCGAAUCAACCCACCGCGCGCCAUCUCGCUCUCAGCGAUCAGUUCACGCCUUACAGCUCGGCACCGCUACUCUUGAUAUUGCAACCCAAUGCAAGCACUGCCGCAUUAUCUUCGCAGACGUUGCCCCUCAAGGUCUAUGAGCCAACGGUAGACUUCCGUGAGGGAUCGUCGCGCGCCGUAUUCGUCGAAGCGCCUUUCAACGUGGAGACCGGCGAGGCUGAGCGCAUCGCUGUUGAUUGGACGGCGCGUGGCGGAGAGGGUGGCACAUCGCUCGAGUCGCAUCUUUCAACGCAACGCGCCGCGGUCAAAAUGUUACAUGAUCGUAUUGCUGUCCUAGUCUCUUACGUCCGGUCGGUCAUAGCCGGUUCAGCGCCCAAAGACCAUGGUGUUCUACGCGCGCUUUCCGCGUUGGUCGCCUCAUUGCCGGCGAGCGACGCGCCACAGUUCCGUGCGGAGUUUGAUACAGAGUACGAGGAUGUACAGCUUACCGCGUACCUGAGCACGCUCACGAAGAGCGCCAAUGCAUUGAACGAUCUCGUUGACAAGCACAUCAUUAUGAGCGCUUCUAGUGGCCGUGAAGAGCGCAGCGGUCCCUCCGGACCACCACGGCGCAAGGGCACCGGUGGACGCAGCGGGUUUGCCAACUUCGCUCAAGGGUUCGGUGGUGACUCCUGGGAGCGCGGCUUCGAACGCGGACAUUGA